AUGAUUAGUUCUCUAAACAACAUGAAAAACAGCAGCAUGAAGGAUGACAAUCUCCUUAAUAAUGGACUCUCUGUUUCAAGUCAAUCAUUGGAUGAAACAUAUGAUUUGAAUGGAAUUGCUGACCAAGGGAUUCCCCGCAGUGGUUCCCUUCCAGAUAUGUCCACUUAUAUGCAACCAGAGGAUUUAGGAAACUGGCAAGCAAGCAAGACUAAAAAGGUAUUUACUGCUACAUUUAAAUAAAAAAAUUUGUGGAGUAAUUGUUAGUCCUUGGUGAACACUACAAAUGAAUCAUGUGGCCAGUCACAGAUGUUCAAGACUGUUGUAAUUUGGAUCUAUACCAUUUUCUUUUCUUACAUGUAGCACAAAUAAAGAAUAUUUGAAGGUAUAAUUGUAUCUCUAUCUAUAAUGAUUUUCUUACCCAGAGUGCAAAAAAGCCAUGGCCUUAAGUUGAUUUGUCUGGUGCUUUGCUCUUAGAAAACAUAUAUGAUAUUUUUGAUAAUUGAUAAACAAUUUUUAAGGUUUAAAAUUAUUCUGUAAAACUAACAGUUGAGAUUCAAACUUUUAAAAGUGAACAUACCAAAUAGUUAAUAGGAUUAUUUACAAUGCAGUAACAAAAAUGAUCAAAUGAAAUAUGAUAACCACAACAAUCAACAUUAGGAUGUCUUUUUAAAGCUUAUACAGCACUAUGUUGAAAAAUUAUCAAUUUUUUAGUCUCCUCUGCACUUUGUAAAGUCACAAAAUUGUAGAUUGUUGCACUGAUAAAUGAAUUUUGUUAUAAUUUCAUAAAAUAACAGUGUUGAAUUAAAACAGACAAUCAAAUUAAAACCAAAAAAAAAUAUUUUUUGGCGGCCUCUUUUAUCUCUCUUCCUUCUUCAUUUUUUCUCCCUGAGAAGCAAGGGGGGUACAACCAAUUCUUCUUGUAAUUUUUUAUUUAUCUCAUCUAAAUACUGUUGUGGUGAUUUUCUAACUUUACAGGACAGACCAGUUUUUGAUUUGCCAGAUGGCAAGAUAGCAUCUAAAUUAAAAGGUCAACAAUCAGGUUAAUUACAACAAAUUUUAACUGUUUGGUCUAGAGGGUAAAUUAAAUUGUGACCACUAAAUCUAAAGUUAUUUUUAACUUAAACUUGCUAACUUUUUCUGUUCUUUCUUGUAACUUGUAACAUAAACAGGGAUCUUAUUAUGCUGACUUUGAUCAUGAAGAGAUUAACUUAAAUGACUUGCGUCAACUUGUUAUCUAUCAUCCCACUGAAGAAGAAGAGGACACCUCUGACAAUAAUGAGGAUGAUGUUCAUCAUCAUAACACCUUAAAUACUUCAAAUGAACUAAACACAUCAAACUGUUCCCCAAUCAAUAAACGAAAGAGUCGCAAGAGAGACAGUGCAGCAUUGUUUGACAUUUCUCUGGAAGAUUUGACUGAGCCAGAUUUUGCAGGACUUUUGAGGGAGAAGCACAGUGAAAAGCUCUGGUGGUGUGUUCUUAUCGACCAGCAUCUGUGCAUAUUUCCUUCUCAAGAUCCAGAAGAAGUAGCAUAUGAUGUCAUCAUCAUGCCAUGUUGUCAGAUCUCUUUGGAUGAUCGGCUUAUGCGCACACCUGUGUUUAGACUGACUCAGUCAGACAUGGUGCCUUGGGUGUUUGUUGCUUCUAAUAAUGAUGAACUGAAAGAGUGGAUGAAGGUUUUAACUAUUGCUGCAUCUGCUGGUAAACAUUCCUCUGUUGCACCUUCUAAUACAAAUGAAAAAAAAUUAUCUGCUCCUCCCCAAGCUCCUCUUAUGCAGUCCAUUUUAGAGGAGGAGGAGGAGGAAGAACUUGAUGAAUUUGCAGAAGCAUCUUUGAGUAGCUCUUUCAAAUCAGAUGCUAACCAUCUUUCAUCUCAAUCCUUCAAGAAAUGUUCUGAGUUAAAUGAGGUAAAGGGCCUUUAUAUAUAAAAGUAAUCUUCUUAAAUCUUUGAUGAUCUGUCAUAAACAGUAAUUUAGAGUUUAUUUUUUGAUUGCUAACUGUUGCAUUUUUAUGCUAAUUUUAUCCUGUUUUGCAGACAUAUUUAUUUCCCUUUAUUUAAAGUUGUUUUUGUUUUCUUAAAGUUGGUUUGAAGUACUUAUUGCACCUUAAGUUCUUAAAUUGGGCAUAUUUAAAUUUUGAUGUGUUUGAUUUAUCUAGGAGGUUGCGGUUACAUUUUACUGCUCUAACAGAUAAAUCAUACAAUGAAAGGUUUAAUGUUGAAUCUUAGCUAAAAAAUUUAAAGUGUGAAAUGACUCAUCAAUGUUAAAGUGGAUAUUUACAUUCUACAUCAAUUUUGCAUGACUCGAUGUAGUCUUGGAAAGAGACUUUUGUUGGUAGCAAUGGCAGUUUGAGAACCUUAUUAAAAGUAAUCAUUAGAUUCAAGUGAGGAGUUGUUUCUCAGUUGAGUGUUAUUAGUCAGUUUGCAGUGAUGUUAUUGGCUGCCAGACUUAUGUGUUGGUAGCAAAUAUAGUUAAUUGUUGGUUUUUUUUAUUAAACCCUUUCAUUCCCAUGAUUCAUUAGUAAUUCUCCUGUCUGUCUGUUGUACAAUUCUCGUGUUGUUGAUUCAGAGAAUUUGGUAUAGGAUCAAUUAACAAUCUACCAAUUAAUAUUUCUCUAUAUUCUCAUCACUUAUCUACUUAAUAUUGUAUUGAUGUUGUAAGGAGAAAUUCCAUCUUGGUCACUCAUGGGAGUUAAAAGGUUUAUCUGUUGGUUAAUUCAGGUUGUUGUGUUCUAUUUUGUCCAUUCAUUGUCAAGCCAUCUUUGUUGCUAUUCAAAGCCAUCUGAGGUUAAUUGGAGUGUCAAGUGUGGCAAUUGGUACAAUCUAGAUAGAGAUAGCUAGACUAUAUUUAGCAAGUUUUAUCACCAAAUCAUAAAUUGCAAAAUAAAUGUGUCUGAUCAUGUUAGGAAUACAGUCUUUUUACAGCACAGAAAUAGAAUAGAAGUGGGUUUUACCUGCCAGUAAGCAUGAUGGUUUGAGUAAUCUUAUUUAUAUCUUGAGUCACAGAUAAGUUAAAUCCAUAAUAAUAGAUUGUUCUUAAGAGGAACGCCACAUUGCUUAUUUUGCAUCUUUUUCCGAGCGAAGUGACACAUUCAUUAAGAAGCAUUUUUAAGCAAUCUUCCCCAGUGAAAAUUGAAGCUUAAUCAAUAUUGAAAGAAAUAUCCACAAAAUCAGUUCACCAGUUACUUUGAACACUUAACCUUAUGUAAGGUGUAAUCAUUUUAACAGCCACUGACUGUCAAUUUCUGAUAUGGUCUUUAACUUAGCAUUAUCAAAAUAACACUUGUGGUGAAGCUACUGGUGAAUAUCACUGUGUCAGAUGCUUAAUUUGAAUAUUAAUGACUUUCAAUAUCUUCUUUCUGUAUUGUCUCAGUUGCUUGAUAUAACUUCAUUUAUAAUUCCGAUAAAUUUUCUAAGAAUUUGUUACUUACACAUUUUCCCUGAAAAGAAAUGUAAAAUUUGGAAAAGGUAUCUAAAUUUUGGUUUUCUGAAUUUAAACUAAAAUCUAUUUUUUAAACUGAUAUACCCUGAUAGAGUCGAGCUGUGGUGAAACUAGUCGUUGCCUUAUUGCCUAGCCAGAUGUCUGGGAAAAUAGGUGCGCUAUGCCUAAUUAGAAUGAAUCAAUAUCAAUUUUAUAUAUUGGUAUAAAUUUAUAUGUAAAUUGAUCGUAAACAGAACUGAAAAAUGUUAUUUGCGUAUUGAAGGAGUCUUAUGUUAUUUGAGAAGUUUGCUUUGAUCAAAAGUAUUUUUGUAAAUCAACCACAAUGCCUUGUCUUGCAAAGCUUUUUGCUCACAUUCAGAGCUGGUCUAUUGGAUCACGUGUAUGUAUAUUAAUUGGAUUAACGCUGAACUGAUAAGCGAUAUUUGUAAAUAUUUCAUUUGCUAUGAGAGGAAGUUAUAGAUAUGAACAAAGCUACAAGCAUACAUGUACUUGUCAUAUUUCUGUAAGCAGUUGUGAUGCCACAUUUCAGAGAUAUGAAGACAGUUCGAGCUAGGUGGAAGGAUGUCUGUUGUUUUGUAAGGGAUAAGUUGUUUCUUUGUGUUUAGUCAACAAAUUAGAUCAAAUUUCAAGGCUUGGCAUAACAGCAAUGGGAAAAUUUCAACACCAUGUUGAUGUUUUGAUUGUGGACUUGAAGUUUCACUAUUGCAAUAAUGAGUCCUGGGAGCAGAAACUGUGGAAUUGGAAAAAAUUCUAGAAACCACUUGUAAAAUAUGAUAGCAUAACAUUUUUAAAAACUUAUAGUGUUAUUGUUAGUGUCAGUAUUAACUUUUUUUUUUUUUUCUUUUUUUUCAUGUUUGUGAGUCUGCUAUUUUGUUAUAUAUAGGCACUGUUUUAGUAGGUGAUGAGGUUGCUAAGGGAAGAACACAAACAAAAUUAUCUAGUUGCUUUUAAGUUGUUGCUAAUAGUAUGAAUAAUUGUUUUCACAGAGUGACAAUAAUCUGCCAGUAGGUUAUGUGAAUGGAGAAUCUGUGAAAAAUGGUUAUGAGAAAAAAGAGCUACCUAAAAGGCCUGAUGAAGUUGAUGGAGAAAAGUUUGUAGAAGACCCUUAUGAAGAUGUAGCAAACCAAAAGAGAGCUGAAGAGAAUUUUCAAGAUGAUGGAUUUGCUACAGAUGAAUUUGACUCUGCUUCAUCAGAUGGUGGUGAUGUAUCAACAAUCCCCCAAACACAACCAGUUCAGAAAGCUAAAAAGACAAAACAGUUCUUUAAAUGGCUCAAGAAGAAGGCAAAGAAAGGCAAGCUCUUCAGUAGUCCUGAGGAUGGGGUUGCCUUGGCAGGUUAUGCAUUCAAGUCAAAUGACAGCUCCAAGCGCUGGUUCUUGAUAAGAGAACAGAAAUUGCUUUGUUUCAAAACAAUCAAAGAUGAGGAUCCUGAAAUAACAGUUGACCUGAAUGGCAGCGAGAUCAAAGUGGGAGAAGAAGAAAAAGCCAAGCUUGCAAUUCAGGUGAUAAGAGAUGGUACAAAUCAUUUUACACUUGUGGCCAAAACUUUGAAAGACUGGGAACGCUGGAAAAAGGCUUUCUUAAUAGAAUCUGGAUUUAUUCAACUUGCUGUCUCACUGACAGAUACAAGUUCAGGGUUUUAUGAUCAAGAGGAAGAUGGACAAGAAGGUGAAUAUGUUACUCCCAUAGCUUCUCCAGGAUCAGAGAAGACUCCAACACCUACAAGCAACACUUUCCCACUAAAUAAAAACAAUGAGACAGAUGAUGAAGACCUUUACAUGGAAGUUGUUCCUUCUACAGUGACAACUGUGGAAAAAUUGAAAUCAUCAUCACCAUCUUCAAGUCUUCUGGAAUUGGGACCACUCCCUCCUUUGCCGCCUGAUUUACCCCCGCGGAACACUCCAGAUGGUGCAGAGGGAGAUGGAAAUGAAGAGAGCUGUCAAAUCACAUGGGAGAGUGAGGAGAUUUAUGAAGAGGUGUCCUCUUCAGUUGCUAAUGCUGAUAAAGUAAUCAAAUGGCAGGGCCUAAAUUCCAAAAAAAUAGAAGGGUGUCCAACUGGUAUUCAAGGCAAACCCUCUGAUAAAUCAGCUAAAGGUUAGUUAUGUCGUAAUUUUAUUAACUACUUAAAGGAGUCAGGGUAGUCAUGUUAUUUUCACUUCACCUAGAGUAGUAAAAAUACAAUUAAAUUCACCAUCUUACAAAAAGAUGGUGGACACAUGUAACCCAGAAUUCACAAUAUGUCCAAUUGAGGUAAAGCUAGUAAACCAUAUAAUCUAUUUUGUGAGAUGCACAGAAAUGCUUUUUUCUACUACAUUAAAUGUGAUUUUACCACACUGACUUGAAACUUGAGGCUUGUUCAUCUUAAUUUUUGAGGAUAAAUGAGAUAAUUGAGUUCUUAAGAAUUUUUGAGGUUUUCUCAGCAGAUUUCACCCUUUAACUCCCAAAAUCUGAUUGUUAACUCUCCCCUCUUGCUGAUACACAUUUCCUUGUACAUUAGUCAUGACAAUGACAACUUCUAUUUGAUGGGUUCAAGUAUUCUCAUUACUUGUUUGCUUGAUAAGGUAUUGAUAUUAUGGGGAGAAGUUACAUCUUCAUCACUUCUGGGAGUUAAAGGUCAGAAAAGGAAAGGAUUAGCUAUCGAUAAACAAGGAGCUUUGUUUGGCUUUCCUUUAUUCCCUGAGGUUUACUGUUUACCUUAAAAAAGAAAUGAGAUUUUUUAAGCAAAUGGCAAAGCUCUUGUUGACUUUCAAAUUGAAAGAGGAACAAAGAAAGAAGCUUAACUAAGUCGUAUCAAUCGUACCUUUCACAAAAAAAUAUUACAUCUAUGACAUUACUCACAUUUCAUAGGUUUCCAUAAUUUAGAUAAUCACUUCUUCUGAUUACACUCCAUUUUGUUUCUAGGUCCUGUCCCUGCUGGUGUUUCAGAUGGUGCUAUUGAAGAUAGUGCUAUAACAGCAUCAUCAUUUCUGGACAAUUCUUCAAAGCCCUCUGCAGGCAGACUUAAUUCAUCAGUCGGAGCGUGGUGUGCCAAAGGCAAUGAUAAACAGCAAUAUCUUCAGAUUGACCUUGGUAACAUUUUUUUAGUGUUAUUUUUGUAAAUUAAUAUAACUAAAAUUUGAAAUAUGGUCAAUUCAAUUUGAAAAAUAACUUGUAUUCGAGGCAUAUUUAUGCUGAGGAUCGAGGAGGAUUUCGACUUCUCGAAAUGUGUGGCCGCCAUGUUGAGAUGAGAUAUGAAUUUUGUUUUAGGGGGGACCCAAGGGGUAGGAGAUAAGCAGGAGGACGCAGGGGAGAGGUGUGUGGGAAAAGCACUAGUACCCAUUAGGUCAUAAAUCAAGAGAUUGUACAUAGUUUGUGAAAUGAACGAUGAAGGGAGAUGAGAACUUCUUCAGAAAGUAAAUAAAGAAAGUAAGUAAAUUUAUAAAAACGUACUGGACAUGAUUAUUGAAAUAUUUUUGUAGGUGAGGUGGACAAAGUGUGUGGUGUGGCUUCACAAGGAAAACCAGGUUUUCUUGAUCAGGGAGGUUGGUUUGUGAAGACUUACACACUGGCUUACAGCAAGAAUGGAGAAAACUGGGCCAAUUAUAAAGAGUUUGGAAUUGCUAAGGUAAAAUCAUUAGUUUGCUUGUGUUUUGGAGUUAUCUCCAACUUAUUGAGGAAUUUACAAAAAACGUACGAUUUCCUCGCUCUAAGGACUCCAUAUUUGCUCCUCAACGUGCAAGGGUCUUCUUUACCUCCGCCCCUCAACGACUCUUAGUUGUGCCGUUUUUUCUUUGAGAAACAACUUCAAUUGUUUUAAUUUGGUAAUCCAGAGCAAAAGGUUACUCAGCUUGCUUGUACAUUUCUUUUAUGUUAAAUUGCUUGCAUCAGUUCAAGUUCUAAGUGUUGUUCUUAAUGCAUUGUAUUUUCUGACAGGUUUUCCAGGGUAACAGCGAUCCUGACACAGUAGUCACGAACAUGCUGAAAAUGGCAGUGAAUGCACGUUAUGUGAGGAUAAAGCCUCAGUCUUGGCAUAACCACAUUGCCAUGCGUGUUGAGGUUUACAAAGGAGAAGCUAGUGAGUGCCUCCAUAUUACUUUAGGUGCUUAUUUUCAAAGGAAAAAAGAAGAGUUUGUGUGACUUUGGUUUCCGCAUUGCGAGUAGAGUAGUUUUUUUUCUUACUGAAACAAAGAUUCAUGGUAUCACAGAGGCAUCAUAUAAAUUAUGAUAUCUCAUUGAUUCCAAUGUAUUAGUACAGUACUUGUCCUUGUCCUCGCUCGGGCCACCCACUAUUUUUGUACUGCAAUUAAGGUAGUGUUAGGUUGAUUCAGAUCAUUUUCAUUCACCCUUGAAUAAUAAAAAAGAAAAUGGCUAAAGAAACGGCUCGUUAUCAGCGCUUAAGUUAUUUUUUUAAAAUGUUCUUGUGCUCGAAAACUAAACGCAGGCUACACGAUAAUAAGUUACAUGAAAGCAAUAAAACAACUAAAAAAUAUAAACCAAAUUUGCUCAAUAUGUUAUAAAUGAAUUUAGACGGGCUCUAAGACACAGACUUUAUUGAUUAUAUCACAGUCGCUUCACUUCGGAAAACUGAACUCUUUCGCUCCUAACAUCUUUUUAGUACUUCUCCUUACUCUCUACUGUACAAUUCUAAUGAUGUUAGUUCGGAUAGUUUGGUAUUGUAUCAACUAGUAAUCCUGUAAUUGAUAUUUUUCUUUAUUCUCGUCACUUGUCUGCUUGACAAUGUGUUGAUAUUGUAGGGAGAAAUUUUGUCUUGGUCACUCAAUGGAAUUAAAACAGAUUUUGGCGGUACGAACUUUCGUAAAAUUGUUUAUAGGUCACACCUUAUUCCUUUUUUUUAUCGCAUGGUUUGGACCAUUUUGUACGUUCUUCCUUUCUCAGGCUCGAAACUUACUGCUGGAAUCCACAAAUUAGCUGACACCCUGACAAAAACAACAAAGAAGAAAACAGCUGACCGGCAACGUGCUACAUCCUCUCCAGUGGAGAUAGAAGAGGAAGACGAUUACAGCGCUGGUAAACCUACUUUGGAAAGAAAUGAUUCGUUUGACGAGAAGGUCAAGUACAUUAAUCGUCCAUCCUCCAAGGAAAAUCUGUUGGAUGGAGAUGAGGAGCGUGACAAAGAAAAUCAAGUCACUGGUGUGGAUAAUGAAGUUGUUACUAACGAAGAAGAAUUAGCUGCUGAUGAUUAUCUGCAGUUGGUUAGAGAACCCACUGAAGAGGAAAAGCAGGUGGAAUUGAAAGUUCAACAGAGAAUCGAAGCGGGACGGAAAGGAGAACAGGUACGUUUGGUUUCUAAAGUCACCUUAACAACUUUAUUUUUUUAUAUUUUCUUUUCAAAUUGUAUUUAGGAUUAUAGGAUAGGGAGCUACUUGUUCAUGAGUUGAUAUACUGUUAGUAUAACGUUGACAACUCUAAUCUCACUGAUUAGUGCAAAAUGUUUACGGGAACCCUUGAUGUACAUAAACAUUUCAUUUUCGGCGACUACGUUUCUUAUUUGAAGCAAUCAAGUUUUUCUAUUGGCAUAAUACUAAGCUGUUAAUUAAGGUAAAAAUAUGUUGAACCUGCUUAGAAGUAAGAAGUGGUAAUGACGUGUGGUUUGGCAUCUCACCAUAACAGCUUUCAAUUUAGAGACUCGAGACAAGAUUCUCUUUCAUUGUUUAGUGAAUGCGUGGUUCUUACUACAAAUCCUUCGUCCUUAUUAUUCAACCCUAACGUUUUGAUCAUGUCGGUCUUUGUAAAUUUUAAGAGCCGUUAUAUUGUUGUGAGUACACUUGACGUUAUUUUUUUUGGCGAACAGGAAAUAUUUUUGUCAAAUUCUAACACAACUGUUUUGCUCCUGCUCAAAGAUUGGUAGAUCUGAAGUAUCACAAGGAAUCAAGGCUAGAAAAAGUCUGUAUGAGAACAAUCAACCAAGUGAGACGACCCAAGACCAAAGGAGAGACAGCGUAUCAAAGGCUCCCAAGGAAACGGAGGUUGUAACAAAGAAACAAAAAUACAUUGUGGAAAAGAAAGAAGUUGAAGAAGAAAAAACUGAAAACAAAGCCAAGGAUAAAAAGGAGAGAAAUUCUUCUAAUUCAUCCCAACGGGGUAAGUAGCAAAGUACAUAUUUCGAUCGCUUAUCAUCUGAAUGGAAUUUGCAGCUAAGACUUUUAAGCAGAUGGUACCGAAAUUUCCUAUCUUAAAGGCUUACAAUCGGAAAGUACCUUUUUUUACUUUGCUGUUUAACAUUCUCAACGAACGUCGAGGUUUCCAUCUAGAAAACAGUCAUGAUGGUGCCAACAAAAGGAGAUUUUUUUGCGCAGUGAUGUUACAUACAUUUAGGCAGCUUGUCUCGAGAAGAGUUAUUAUGAGAUUUUCUAGGCAAUGGAUGUUAAAAAGCUAAAGUAAUUGUAACAAUACAAUCUACAUUAUGGAGAAGGGGAAAGAUACCUAGACGUAAUGAUGUGUGUGCACUUGUGACUCUCUCUUGCUGAUGUUAUGAUAAUUUUCAUGGCAUCUGGCACGGUUUCUGAUGACAGUGAAUGUUAUGGAAAACGGAAAAUGAAAUAUUGAUUGAAAAAUAAAAAUAAUAUGUGAAAGGAAAUCCAAUAUUGAAUUGGUUUCGCUAUAUUACGCCUGAUGAUUGGUCGAAAUAAAAACGUGCCACUAUUUGCGAGUUUCAACCAAUUGGAUGUAAAGCUAAAUCCUGUCUCUACUUGGUCACUUACGUUUUCCCGAGCUAGUCGGAUACAUUGAUUUUUGAUUAUAAAGCUUAUCUGAGGCUUGACAAUUCUCUUCGCCAGAUCCAGAUAGAGAAAGAGAGGAGUUGGAGCAAACUGAAAAGGCUUUCCAGAACUAUGCCAAGCAGCUGAAAGAGGAGGGAGGACCUGUUGUGAAAGAAAAAAGAGCUUCUAUUGUCGCCUUAAACAGACUUAACUUCGAAGACCCGAGGAGUGCUUCAAAAGCUAAAGAGAAUGGAACUUAUCCUGAAAAAAUGGAGAGUUUGCUGAAAGAAAAAGAAGAGCUUCUGAAAAAGAUGGAAAAUCUGAGAAAGAGGUUAUCAGUCGCCAAGGAUAGGAAAAUAUUCUUCAGUCUGUCGACUUCCAGAUCAAAGGCAACCACAGAUGCUGACGCUGAAUUCCAUGAAUCUCAAAAUGAGAUGACAAAGACAAAGAAAAGACUUAUGGAAAUUGAGAAUGAAACGAAAAAUCUGAAAGUGAUGGAGUUAAGAUACCAAAAGACACCUGAGAAGACAAAUCCGGAGAAGUCGCUUCGUAAAAAUAGUAGAGAAUGUAAGCUGGGUUCGGUUGAGGUACAAAGCUCAAGGAUGGCUAUUUCAUCCCCGUCCUCUGGGAAGGACAAGGAGAAAGAGCUUGCCCAGACAGGAAGUGUGUUGUCUCAGAUCAAGGUAAGAAUGGACUAAGACGAAAAGAUGUUUAAACUGGGAUCAUUCAUUUUGUACUUGUCUUUAGUCGUCGUCUAAUGGGCAUUCUGGUUUCUGUGGAAAACAUUUCAAAGAACCACCCGUUUAAUUCAAGUUUAGAGACAGAGCUUCCAAGAUUUGACAAGUGAUUCUUCCGUUCGGCAUUUUCUUACUGAUAAAGGAAUUUUUGUUUCAUUAAAAUGCCACUCUUUCGCUGAGUAGUUUGUCGGUUCUUAUGAGCUGUUUCCUGGAAUGAGUUUUUAAAUUGUGAGAAUUGAUAGCUGUUGGAUGGAUAAUUCCUUACUUGCCAGGUGUUUUAACAUGCUUUCGCUCUGACGAAGGGCUAACACUCGAAACAUCAGCUUCAGAAACUCUUUACAGUGGCAAAGUUGCAUGGUCAACUCAGUUGAUAAAACCAAAUUUUGUUAUAGCUUACGAUGAAAACGAGAAAUAGAUUUGAGGGAAAAGAGUUUAUGUAGUCGAUAUGCGCAGUAAUAUAACAUAACUAUUAAGUCAUACGUGACGUUGGGGAAAGUCAGUAAUCCCCGGCCAGACCUUUUAGAAAUAAGGAAUUGCGUUGUUACUUUUGGGGAAGCGUUCACAGUUUAUUAACGGGACGUUUCCACUCUGAAUGUAAACCUGAUACUAAGCUUGCAGUUUUUAUUUAACCAAGAGCAACUUAACUCACAGUUGUUGUUAUUUUUCAGGCGUUUGAACAGAUGAAGAAAAAGUGAAAGCAUAAGGAAACUCAGGAGUUAUGAUUUGUCGGAGGAACUCUUUUUAAUUUGGAGGAAUAUUUCAUUCUGAGUAAAUUGUAACUUCUGCCUCUAGAAUUUUUCGCCAAGAAGGCAACAUACUCAUAUUGUUGUCUAAUAAACUACUGUCAAAGCCUCCAUACCUGCGCUAACACGUAGUUGCGUUACGUGUUGAAGCUAGUGGUUGAGUUAUUAAGUGUUAUUGCGUUUUAGCAAAGUGUUCUCUUGGUGACGUGACACAAGUUACCUAGCGUGUAUGUUUUCAAGACGUUGUACAAAUAAUUAAGUUAAGUCGUGUCUUCAUCUUGAGUUAAUCUCUCUGUAACGUAUUAAAAGAAGACGCUAGUCCUUAAUGAUAUUUGAAUAUUCAAAACGUGUUUUUUUUAAAUACAUUAGAGAGAAUUAUAACUGCAUUUCAUCGAUUUCCAUUCCUAAACAAUUUCUAGCUCACGAUGCGAAGAGAACAAUCACGCAAGUAGCUGAGAGUUUUAUUUCAGUGGUCGUUAAGAACAACAAGUGGGUACUUUUACUAAGUUUUACACAACUUAAAAUCGCUAGUAUAAAAUGUGCACUCAUUAUAGGAGAGUGAUACUUUUUAUUUCAUGUGUGUCGUGGUGUGUUAUUGUUAUUUUUUAACGGUCAAAUUCGAUUAUCUAAGUCACUCCGUUUUAAUUGCUCCGCACAUUUUGAAAUAUAACAUACUGCUUAUUUAAUAUGCACCAUAAUAAAACUAAAAAAUGUUUCGUAAUGCCACUAUUGGUAAUUGUAAAUUGUAUUUAGGUGGCAGUAAGAAUUAUUUUUCCGACUAGCAAACGUUCGCUAAGCAUUUUGUUGUUGAUGAAUGUAACGAGCUGAGUGUUCUUUCAAGCUUCCUUAAGGUAUUAAUUAGAUGUUGUGUCGUAUAUCAGCUGCUUUUUCUCAGAAGUUUUCAGGUUUUUUUGUGUGUAAUUAAAUUAGUUGUGUUAAAGUGACGCUCAAGUAACGUAAUACUACUUCGGUCGGGUAAACAUCUAUUGCCAGUUUAGGACAAAAUUACAACCUUUUGCUUAAAUCAAUGAAUGUAGAGAGUUUUUCAACUCGUUAGCAAAUAAACUUCAC